ACAGCCAUAAUCACGCUAUACCUUGUCUUGCUGCGUCAGUGUACGUACGGGCAAACCAAAAAUCUUAAAUCCAUCUUAAUACAAGAGAUUUUUAUUUUUACCAUCAGCCAAAGGAAACUAAUACCAACAAUGGCAGAAGCACAAUGUCGUCAAAAUUUCCACCAAGAGAGCGAGGCUGGCAUUAACCGCCAAAUCAACAUGGAACUGUACGCCUGCUAUACCUACCAAUCCAUGUCCUACUUCUUCGACCGUGAUGAUGUGGCUCUCCCUGGAUUCAGCAAGUUCUUCAAGAAAGCUUCUGACGAGGAGCGAGAGCACGCCGAGAGGCUGAUGAAGUACCAGAAUACGAGAGGGGGGCGCAUUGUCCUCCAGGACAUCAAGAAACCCGACCGUGAUGAGUGGGGUACUGGCCUGGAUGCCAUGCAGGUGGCGCUUCAGCUUGAGAAGACUGUGAACCAGUCUCUUCUUGACCUUCACAAGGUCGCCGACUCCCACAAGGAUGCGCAGAUGACUGAUUUCAUCGAAACUCAUUACUUGGAGGAGCAAGUUAACGCCAUUAAGGAGAUUUCUGACCACAUCACGCAGCUGAAGAGAGUCGGAAGUGGAUUGGGAGAGUAUGAAUAUGACCGCCGCCUUGACUCUUAAGGUCAAAGUUCAAAAGGACAAUCAGUGAAACACCCUUUAAAAUUGAAAAAAAAACUUUUUGGAACAUUUAGAGUUGGAAAAUGUGAACAAUUUGUAAAUUUUAAAAAGGUUGCUUGAAAAAAAGAAUAUAUAACGAAUGGGUGAAUAAAAAAAUUAUAAAAAAGCAAAUAAAAAUUGUAAAAUUUA